AUGGCUGCCGAAACCGACGCGCGCUCGCCCCGCGAGUUCUCCCCGCGCGAAUCGCCCACUCAGCGCAACGAAUCCUCCGCUGAGGCCCCCUUAUCCGCUUCCGCCUCCACGGCGACAGGAGCCCUCGAUGGGGCUGAAACCGCGAGACCCCCAUCCCCGCCACAACCGGAAAAUCCGCCAGAAUCCUCUCUUUCGCCUGAGAGUCUCAAGUUCCCCCUGCCGGCCGUGGAGUUCUCUCUGCGUGAGCUGGCGGCCUGCACACGUGGCUUCGGCCCCGAUGCCAUGCUGGCAAUGGACUGGGCGGGCGCCGUGUACCGCGGGUGCUGCCACGUGGGCAAGGGCCACGUGGGAGGGCAGCCCAGCGGUGAAGGUCUCCACAUAGACGCGUCUGGCAGGGAGGCUCCACGUAAUUCGACGAAACGCGCCCAAUCUCCAGCCGACCUGUGCUGCUGUGCCACGUGUCAAGAGCUCUCCGCCACCAAGUGCGUGAAUCUAAGGGGCGGCUGCGCGCGGGUGAAGCGCUGGCGGCACCUGCCUUCCUCGCUGCCUCCCCCACCGUCCACGUCAGCAGCUGCCGACGCGACAGGCAGCGGAAGCACAAGCAACGUCCAGGGACCAACAGCGUCUGAUAGCAUACCGUCUCAUACGCCCGAGGAGGGGCAGAGCUCUGCAGAGGCGCAGAGCUCUGGAGCGGUGCAGAGCGGUGUAGAGGUGGAUUCCCCAGUCUCUGCCGGGAGGGAGAUGAUGGGGCGGCUGGCAGAGGCAGCAGCGUCGCACCCGAGCCUGCUGCCGAUCGUUGGCUUCAGCUGUGAAGAGGAGCUGCUGCUGGUCUUCCGCUCCCAACCCUCCGCCCGCUCCCUCGAAUACGCCCUCGCAAGAGACGCAAUGCUGUGUGGAGCCGGGUCCAACUCUGUUCUCUCCUCCUGGUCCGCCCGUCUCUCCGUCGCUCGCCAAAUCGCAGGAGGGCUGGCCCACCUGCAUGCCCACAGCUUCCUGCAUGCCUCCCUCCGUCCCGCCAACGUGCUUCUGCUCCUUUUGGGGGCUACUACACACCGUUGCACCCCCCAGCCGCCGCCGAGCCACCUUUCGGAGCAAGAGCAGCGGUUGUGGCGCCACAUGCUUCGGCAAAAGGCUCGCGCCGAGGCUGCUGCGCAGGUCCGGGUGCAGCUGGCUGAUUAUGGCCUGCCCGGCCAGGCUCGGGAUGGGCCAGGUUUAGCAGGGAAGAGCCUCGGAUGUGUUGUGUUUGGUGAUGCUAAAUACCUGGACCCUGCAUUUAUGGGAUCAGGCCGCUACGGCACUGCUAGCGACGUGCCGUCUUGCCUUGAAGUGGAGCAGCUUGUAAAGGGGAUGGAGGGGAUGAAUGUGAUGGGCGAGUUGAGGCGGAGGGAGAUGAAUGGUAGGAGGCUGAGAGGGCGGCAGUGGGCCUUGCUGAAAUAG